AUGUUGCGAACUUCGCUUCAGUCUGUGAGGGCAUUUGGCGGCAGGCCCGUUGUGGCCGCUGCUGCCCGCCAAUGGCCCAUUGCGGCUACACGGCGUGCCGGCCUUGCUGGUCAGCGUUUCUACUCCGUCGAAAAGAAGCCCGAGCUCGAUCCUGCUAAGCAACCUGUUUUGCCAGCUUCCCAAACCGUUACUUCCGAGAGAAUCCACGAGACCACCAUUGACGAUGUCGGCGAGACCAAGGCCGCUACCACAGACGUCCCUUUGACACCUCCCCCCCCUCCUCCUGCGCCUGCGCCUGCGCCUAUCAAGAAGAAGGGUUUCUUCCGAAGGCUCAAGAACUUUGUCUUCACCCUGCUUGUUCUUGGCGUCGUUGGUUUCGCUGGAGGUGUCUGGUACUCUCGCGUGAGCGACAACUUCCACGAUUUCUUUACCGAAUAUGUCCCCUUUGGCGAGCAGGCUGUUCUUUACCUCGAGGAGAUGGACUACAAGAAGCGAUUCCCUAACAUCACCGGCCGAUCAAAGACUCAAGCCACCGAGGAUGCUGUUCGAGUUCCUGCCCAAAGCGGCGCUUCCUGGAGAGUAGCAGAUGCAGGCCAAGCCGGACGUCACUCAAGUGCUGGCCCGGUUUCUGCCGCUACUAAGAAGGUCGAGGAGGCUGUUAAACCCAAGGCCAAGGCCAAGGCUAAGGCUCCAGUCGAAGCCAAGCCUGUUGCAAAGGCUGUCGAGGAGCCUGCUCCUGCCCCCAGGUCUGACUCUGGUUUCAAAGCACCAGAAGUUAAUGAGCCUUCCAAGAUGCCUCCUCUGAAGCCAAUUGACCUUCUAUCGCUCGAGGCUGCAAGGGAGCCUGUUGUUCAAGACCUCGUCCACAUGGUGAACGACCUUAUCCUAGUCAUCAACGCCGAUAAUGCUCAUGGCAAGUAUGGCACCUCUGUUAGCAAGGCUAAGGAUGAGAUCGCCAAGGUCGGAGGUAAGCUCAAGGCCAUGAAGGGUGAGUUUGAGAAGAAGGCUGCCCGACAAGUCAGGGAGAAGAUUGAGGAGUUCGACAAGGCUGCUACAGAUCUAAUUGAUCGUGUUGAGAACACCAUGAUCAGCCAGGAGAACCAAUGGCGACAAGACUUUGAGCAGGAGAUGAAGAAGGUCCGAGAAAACUAUGAGGACCGUGUUAAUGUGCUUCUUGAGCGUGAGAAGAAAGUCAACGAGGAGAAACUGCAGAAUCAGCUCGCGCAGCAGGCUCUGGCCCUUAAGAAGGAAUUCACCAAGGAUGUUGAGAAGCAAGUUGAGCAGGAGCGUGAGAGCCGACUAGGCAAGCUGAACGCCCUGUCGUCUGCCGUGUCAGACCUUGAGAAGCUUACCACAGGCUGGAACGAUGUUAUUGACACCAACCUCAAGACUCAGCAGCUGCACGUCGCCGUUGAGGCUGUCCGAGCCAGCUUGGAGGAUGACCACCACCCUCGUCCUUUUAUUCGCGAGCUCGUUGCUCUCCGGGAAAUUGCUUCGGAUGAUCCUGUUGUCAAUGCCGCCAUCGCCUCUGUUAACCCAUCCGCUUACCAACGCGGUAUCUCUACUACCUCUCAGCUGAUCGAUCGUUUCCGUCGAGUGGCCAAUGAGGUCCGAAAGGCCUCAUUGUUACCCGAUGAGGCCGGUGUUGCCAGCCACGCUUCCAGCUGGGUUCUUAGCCACGUUAUGUUCAAGAAGCAAGGACUUGCGGACGGUAACGAUGUUGAGAGCAUUCUCACCCGAACCCAAACAUACCUUGAGGAGGGUGACCUGGACUCUGCGGCGCGAGAAAUUAACGGUUUGGAUGGAUGGGCCAAGACCCUGAGUAAGGAUUGGCUCGGUGAGGUUCGCAAGGUGUUGGAGGUUCAGCAGGCUCUCGAUGUGAUUGCCACAGAAGCCCGUCUUCAGAGUCUCCGUGUGGAUUAA